AAUGUGCCUAUUGUGUUGUGUUAGGCAGUCACUUUCCCUGAGAGCCAGGCGCCUAGCCUUGAGGGCCCCCAGCGCUUCCUUCGCCUCAGUGAAGAGUUGAGAGAUGGCUUAGCUGUUGAUGAGCCUGCAGGUUUAGGGGUCUGUGAGUUCCUUGAAGAUGUUUGCAAAAUUCUAUGUAUGUGCCCUUGUGUCUUUUUUGAGGACAAGAAGCCAAAACUUUCAUUAGGUUUUCAAAGAGGUCCCUGACCCCAACUUAAAUGAUAACAUCUCUAAAGGCAAGGCCUUCCUCCCCAUCUCUCUCAACCUUAUCAAACCUGCCACAAGUCUUUGUGUAUUAAUAAUAUCCGGCCUCGGGAUUUUAGAGGUAAAAAGAAUUCAGAGCACACACCUGCCUGGCCAGCUGCCUCAGUUGACAAUUAAGGCCUGGAGGUAGCCUGCAGGCUGUGGAACCAGAACACUGGGUGACCUGGGGCAGGUUGCUUAGCCUCUCCUGUCCCCAGUGUCUUCCUGUACUAAGUAUGGGUAGUAACUCUAGUAGUACCUGUUUCAUAGAUUUUGUGAGGAUUAAAUGAGAUAAUCCUUUAAAAUGCUUAACACAGCUCACGGCACAUAAUAAAUACUGGAUAAUUGUUAGUCAUUCUCAGCUGAUUAGUGCUUACAUCUGGUUCACGGUAGAGGCCAUUAGACAAUACUACCUCAAAAACCUUUUGUGACUAGGAUCUUGAAUAUUCAAUCCGUGGCUUAAAAGUAUGAUGCUGUCACAGUUAAGUCACCUAUAAGUGAACCAAUAAAAGAAAAAAAAGCUGUAGAAGAUAUGGAAUAGCUUUAGAUAAGUCUCUGAUAGGUGACUAAAGGAACGUCAUUAUUUAUCCUAAUAAUUUUUUUGUAACUCAACAAUUUACUCUUCAGGCCCAUACUAUACACAUACUAUAUGUCAGACUGAACACUGGGGUAUGCUAAUUUUCAACUGAAGAAAAUUGAAAUUUUAAUUAAAGACCACUUGGAUAUAGAGCAUAGUGACUGAGCACAUUCACUGAAGGAAGAUGAUGAGGGGAGCGGACAGACAUUGUAACAGGAGAAAUUGUGGUCAGUUCCGAAAGAUAUUGAUGAUCUAGGUAGGUAAAUACAUAACUAGUUACUCACAGAAGAUCGUGGCUUCGCCUCCCAGUGAUUCAAGAAUUCUCUCAAUGUGAGUAUGGCAGGGUGGGGAACAAGGAGAGCGUGGGUCAUUGAGAUCCCAGAAAGACUCUAAGUCUUUGUGGUGGUGUAGUCCCCCCAAAUCUGGAUACCAGUCACCAGUCCGGCUGACUUCUGCUCUGCUGCCCGUCCUUCCAGGCCUCACUGCUUCCUCAUUCCCCACCUCAGAAACCUGAGGGUGGAACCCAGACCACCUGAACACACCUACUGCAGUGGAUCACUGCCCACUCCUAGGAGUGGUUGAAUUGCCUGCCUUCACCUGCCUUGAUGUCUCACUCUGCUUAUAGCAGAAGCCAGGCCAGAAUAUCCAGAAGCCCAUUCAGACUCUACAGCAGGGGCCGGGCACAUAGAAGAUGUUUCCAAGUCGAACGUAUACCAUACUGACUCACUGAGAUGAGUCUGCAGUGCAACUGUUAUCAAAGAGUUCAACAGCUGGACAUGGAGAAUCAACGCUCAUCACCUCUGUCGUUCCCCAGUGUUCCUCAAGAAGAAACCUUACGUCAGGCCCCUGCGGGACUCCCCCGAGAAACUGUGUUCCAAUCCUGCGUUCUUCCUCCCAAAGAAAUUCCUUCUUUGUCUCCCACCAUUCCCCGACAAGGCUCCCUGCCUCAAACUUCCAGUGCUCCCAAGCAAGAGACUUCUGGCCGGAUGCCACAUGUGCUCCAGAAGGGACCGUCACUCCUGUGUUCUGCCGCUUCUGAGCAAGAGACUCCUCUCCAGGGCCCCCUGGCUUCCCAGGAAGGGACCCAGUAUCCACCCCCAGCUGCUGCUGAACAAGAAAUCUCCCUUCUCUCCCACUCCCCCCACCACCAGGAAGCCCCCGUUCACUCCCCUGAAGCGCCUGAGAAAGACCCCCUGACCCUUUCCCCAACAGUUCCCGAGACUGACAUGGACCCCUUGCUCCAGAGCCCGGUUUCCCAAAAGGACACCGCCUUCCAGAUCUCUUCUGCAGUCCAGAAGGAACAGCCGCUCCCCACGGCGGAGAUCACCCGCUUGGCUGUGUGGGCUGCCGUCCAAGCAGUGGAGAGGAAGCUGGAGGCCCAGGCCAUGAGGCUACUGACCCUGGAAGGCAGGACGGGGACAAAUGAAAAGAAGAUAGCCGACUGCGAAAAGACAGCCGUGGAGUUUGCGAACCAUCUGGAGAGCAAGUGGGUCGUGCUGGGGACCCUGCUGCAGGAGUACGGGCUGCUGCAGAGGCGGCUGGAGAACAUGGAGAACCUGCUGAAAAACAGAAAUUUCUGGAUCCUGCGGCUGCCCCCCGGCAGCAAUGGAGAAGUUCCCAAGGUCCCUGUCACAUUUGAUGAUGUUGCUGUCCACUUCUCGGAGCAGGAGUGGGGAAACCUGUCCGAGUGGCAGAAGGAGCUCUACAAGAACGUGAUGAGGGGCAACUACGAGUCCCUGGUUUCCAUGGACUAUGCAAUUUCCAAACCAGACCUCAUGUCACAGAUGGAGCGCGGGGAGCGGCCCACCAUGCAGGAGCAGGAAGACUCUGAGGAGGGUGAGACGCCGACAGAUCCCAGUGCUGCACAUGACGGGAUCGUGAUUAAGAUCGAGGUACAGACCAACGACGAGGGCUCAGAAAGUUUGGAGACACCUGAGCCCCUGAUGGGACAGGUGGAAGAGCAUGGCUUUCAGGACUCAGAGCUGGGUGACCCCUGUGGGGAACAGCCAGACCUGGACAUGCAGGAGCCAGAGAACACGCUGGAGGAGUCCACGGAAGGCUCCAGCGAGUUCAGCGAACUGAAGCAGAUGCUGGUGCAGCAGAGGAACUGCACGGAAGGGAUCGUGAUCAAGACAGAGGAACAAGAUGAGGAGGAGGAAGAGGAGGAGGAGGAUGAGCUGCCGCAGCACUUACAAUCCCUUGGGCAGCUGUCCGGGAGAUACGAGGCCAGUAUGUACCAGACCUCGCUGCCCGGGGAGAUGUCCCCCGAGGGCGAGGAGAGCCCCCCGCCUCUGCAGCUAGGAAACCCCGCAGUGAAAAGGCUGGCGCCCUCCAUGCACGGUGAGCGGCACCUGAGCGAGAACCGCGGGGCCUCAAGCCAGCAGCAGCGGAACCGGCGCGGCGAGCGGCCCUUCACCUGCAUGGAGUGCGGCAAGAGCUUCCGCCUGAAGAUCAACCUCAUCAUCCACCAGCGCAACCACAUCAAGGAGGGGCCCUACGAAUGCGCCGAGUGCGAGAUCAGCUUCCGGCACAAGCAACAGCUCACGCUGCACCAGCGCAUCCACCGCGUGCGCGGAGGCUGCGUCUCACCCGAACGCGGGCCCACGUUCAACCCCAAGCACGCGCUCAAGCCACGCCCCAAGUCACCCAGCUCGGGCAGCGGCGGCAGUGGCCCCAAGCCCUACAAGUGCCCCGAGUGCGACAGCAGCUUCAGCCACAAGUCCAGCCUGACCAAACACCAGAUCACGCACACGGGCGAGCGGCCCUACACGUGCCCCGAGUGCAAGAAGAGCUUCCGCCUGCACAUCAGCCUGGUGAUCCACCAGCGCGUGCACGCGGGCAAGCAUGAGGUCUCCUUCAUCUGCAGCCUGUGCGGCAAGAGCUUCAGCCGCCCUUCUCACCUGCUGCGCCACCAGCGGACUCACACGGGCGAGCGGCCCUUCAAGUGCCCCGAGUGCGAGAAGAGCUUCAGCGAGAAGUCCAAGCUCACCAACCACUGCCGUGUGCACUCGCGCGAGCGGCCACAUGCCUGCCCCGAAUGCGGCAAGAGCUUCAUCCGCAAGCACCACCUCCUGGAGCACCGGCGCAUCCACACAGGCGAGCGGCCCUACCACUGCGCCGAGUGCGGCAAGCGCUUCACGCAGAAGCACCAUCUGCUGGAGCACCAGAGAGCGCACACGGGCGAGCGGCCCUACCCCUGCACGCACUGCACCAAGUGCUUCCGCUACAAGCAGUCGCUCAAGUACCACCUGCGGACCCACACGGGCGAGUGAGCGCGCGCCCCGCCACCGCUGCCCGGCCAGGUGCGCGGGCCGAGCCCCCCUCGGACACCGCCAGGCCCGAGCCCAGCGGGUGGGGGCGGGGCGCCCCCCAGCCCCUUUGCCGUGAGCUCCCCUCUCCUUUCGUCCCUCCUCCCAAGGACAUGGGAGCAGUGAGACCAGGUCCCUUGCUGCCGCGUUUCCCCGGGGCCCCAGGGGGGAGGGCGCGGACCUGGGGAACCCUUUCGGGCUGUUAAUUUCCUUGACAAUAAAAUGGAUGAAACCAAUUAGCACGGGGGGCGUGAUUUGGCCGCCGGCCACUCAGAGGGGCGGUGUAGGGCCCAUCUAGUUGGGGAUAGAACUUUAUAAUUACCUUUUGGAUACUGUGGUUCUAUUUGAUAAUAAUAGAGUAAUUUUUAAAAGA